AUGGGCAACAGCCUGCGGGGCUGCCUGGCCUGCAUGGUCCCCUGCGGCGCCCUGGACGUGGUCCGCAUCGUGCACCUCAGCGGGCACGUCGACGAGUUCAGCUGCCCCGUGGCCGCGGCCACCGUGCUCGCCGCGAGCCCCAACCACACGCUCGCCACGGCGUGGUCCCCGUCCGGCGCGCCCGGGUGCGGGUCCAGGAAGCUCGUCAUCGUGUCGCCCGACGCCGAGCUCAAGCGCGGCCGCAUCUACUUCCUCAUCCCGUCCGCGACGCUGCCGGCCGACCGGAGGAGCAAGAAGCAGAGCAGCGGCGGCAGCUCCAAGAAGAGCGGCGGCGGCGGCAGCAAGCGGCCGAGCCAGAGCCGCCGUCACCACCACAGCGCCAAGAAGAGCGCAGCAACUGGCGACACGGCGGAGCAGGACAACUACCUGAGGGAGCUGCUCGCCGAGAAGACCGGCGGCCACCACCGGAGGCGGCGGAGCGGCGCCCGCGUCGGCGUGUGGAGGCCGCAGCUUGAGAGCAUCGUGGAGGAGGCCUCGGACUAG